CAUACACAAGGACAGAUGGACAUCAUAGUUGAAUUGUCCUGCAGGAAAACAUUGGAAGGACGUUCAGACUUCUGCAGCAGAGUAAUGUGAGGCAUCAAGUAUGGAUGAUUUGGAUCACAGUAUUCACAUUGCAGAGUAUGACUGGAGCACCUUCUACGAUGACAGCGAGAAAUGUAAUCUGCUGCAGGCUUCCCUCGCCUACCCUGAUGACUUCAGUCUCAGUGACUCAGAGGAUUCAGGAAACUUCAACACAGGCCAGCAGGAGAAAAAAAUGAGUGCAGCUAGCAAUACGGGCGAGAAGAGCUGCACAGUUGGCACACAGCUACCAGAGCAGUUUGUUCAAAGUGCUGCAAUGUGCAUGAAACAGGUGGAAAUAAGUGUCAGCUGUCCAGAAAGAAAUGCAAUCUCCACAGAGUCUGCACACAAAGAGAUUACACAAGAAAUUUUGGUUGAAAUGAGUGCCAGCAGCCCAAACACACAGCAAAUGGAUCCACUCAGCAAUUACAAUUCAGGAGGGAAAGAAAUGCUGUCAAAAGAUGGAGCUGCACAAAUGAAGAUUGACUUCAAAUCCACCAAGAAACCUGACCUACUUUCCUGUAAACAAGCAGCGCCGAGUGUGAGCCAGCCAGACCCCACAAGGACAGCCGAGAAGGAGCGCUGGUUCGUGACGGUGAAUGACAAUCAGGCACGACGACCAGGGCGUUCUACCUCUGUGAAAAAAAAACUCAAACAAAAAAAACCUGCUGAGGGAGAAAAUGUUGAAAAUGCAGAUAUCAAACAAGAGCAUGAGGAAUCAAAGGAUACAAACUCAAACAAAAAUAAGGAAUCUGGAGAUUUAACAGAAAAACUGAUUGUCUCUCAGGCAGUUGCAGUGAUGAACAGUGACAAAUGUGAGCCAGGCAGCUCAACAGACACCUCCUAUGACAGCUUUUCACCCUCACCGACAGUGUUGGAGUGUUUGCUGUGUUCUGAGCUUCAAGAUGGUGCUGAAUUCUCCUCCACUGGCAGCUGGGAUUCUGAGAGCUAUUUAUCAGCUGCUGAAUCAGUGGAGGAAGCUCAGCUUCCUCUUCAAGACCGUCUCACUAAACACCCUCCUCUGCAAUGUGCAUUAUCCUCAACAUGUGACAGCCGAGACUUCAGCUUCGCUCUCUCCUGUGAUGCAACAGCAGCAAACUUUGAAGGUUAUAACACUCCUGAGCCCAUUUUCACUCCUCUAUCUGCAAAAAUGCUGCAUGAAAACUUCACAUCUGGAAAUGAAAAAUGUUCUGAUACCCACCCACCACCUUUACCACCUGGUAGCUCUCAGAAAGAUCAGCUCAGUCCUCUACCUGCUCCUGAUUUAACUCUGACACUUUGCUUUGCAGCAGACAGCCCAGAAACAUUCGCCAAAGCUGCAGGCCAGGGUCAAGUGUAUGCAAUCUCUGCGUUCUGGGACGAAGUGGAAAAACUGACCAUAAAUGAUAUUUUGCAGGUCAGGAUGGGCAGAAGCUCUAGAUUAAUAGAAGAAACAGUAAUGCCUAACGCAUGCGGACAUCCUACAAAUCCCAGCCACCUGGUUGAUACUAUUGAUAACACACUAAUGGACACAUCUGACACUGCAGACUCAGACUACUUCACACAGCCCGAUGAAUCCAAGCCUGAUCAAUCAGUCGGGGAGUUUUCAACCUCGAAUUUUGAGGAAGAGACCUGGCAGCUUGUUCAUGCAAGUAGAAACUCCAGCCCUGAUAUUCAGAACAAAAACCAACAAAGCAACUCUUCUUUUUUGUUAGAUGAGGACAGCUCCACAGACUCUGCAGGACGGGAAACUCCCAUCGUUCUAGACCAAAGUUUUGACUGUGAGGACCUCCAAAGAUUGAUCUCAUGUAUGCAAAAAAUGACAAAAAGCAGAAGUAUGUACAACGUACAGUCUCUCAACACAGAGGACUUACCUUCACUACCUGUCCUUAGUGUUGAUAAGACUGAUUUGCCUCUUCGCAGACAUCAACCUCUGGAGGCUGUUUUAUCCCACACAGACUUUCAGGAUUACAGAAUAUCCUUCCCCGAGAUCUUUGAAUACUUUUUCACAGAAUACGACAACAACACACAAUCACAGUUUCUCACUGUUCAUGAUGCCAAGGAGAUUGUUGUGUCUCCUGUCUUUAACUCCCCUCUCUAUACAUUCAGAGAAGAUCCAUCAUCCCUUCCUCUCCAGUGUAGGACAGAGAAACCAAUCCCAAUCUUCUCUUGCUCUCGUCCUACCGUCCGAGACCUCACAUUCCCAAAUGCAAAUGUUUUCCUGAGCGCAGACCAUGAGGAAGUGGACAAAGUCUCUCCAAUGAGACUUGUGUCUCAUUUAUUUAUUCAGGCCAGUCCACACAGAUCCUCGGGGGCAGAAGGUGUGGGUAGAUCCCACUGCUGGAAAUGUUUUCUGUCUUUGAGGAAAAUUCGCUUCCCAGACAAAGGUAGCAUCUGCUGCAGUGAGUCAGGCACCUGGAUUUUUCCUGUUGAGACUAAAGAGAUCCGGACCGGGAGACAGAAUCAAGCAUUAACAUUGCUCAGUGACGGAAGAGUUUGUCUGGAUUUCAGAGAGCUGGAAGAGCAACAGACAAUUUUGGAAACUACUUGGAUAACAAAGCGAGAGGGCAUCUUCUCCAGAGUGAAGCAGUCAGAUAUGUGUUUAGUCUGUAUUGCUUUUGCCUCUUGGGUACUGAGUUCCUCCAAUCCAGAUCCAGCAGAUGCCUGGAAAACAGCUCUUCUAGCAAAUGUGAGUGCUCUGUCAGCUAUCCAGUACCUGCGGCAGUACAUGAAGAGUAAGAACCCUCCCAUAGAUGACCUCUGACUUCUCACUUGGGUCCACACCAAUAAAAAAAACAGAAAACAUUCACAUUCAACUAAACAUCUGCAGUUAGCUCAAGGUUUCUGAAGUAGAAUAAAAAGCUGCUGUGCUGCACUGGUAAGUUUUCUUGUUACUCGGUAGAGUCUACGAACCAACUUCAGACACCUGCUGUGAACGGUGGACUACAUUCCUCAAUUGCUCUGCAGUUUUUGGUUUUGCCUCAAAACUGUAUGUUUGAUGUCACCCAACAAGUUUUCUGCUGGAAUAAGGUGAGCAGCCAGUAGAUAUGGUGCUGGCUGCCCCAUAACAUUAAUCCUGUGGGUCUGGAAACAAGUUGCUGCUCUCUUGCUGAUGUAUUUGGGAUCAUGGUCUUGUUGAAACAUUUGUUUCAAGAGAUUUUCCUCUUUGGCAUAAAGCAACAUGACCUCUUCAAAUCUUCUGAUGGAUUCAAACUCAUCCAUUAUCCUUUAUGUAUGCAACAAAUAGGCCCAACACAAUGAGAAAUAUCCCCAUACCAUGAUGCCUGAGCCACGAUGCUACCAGAGUUUGGGGGUCAUCUGACAAGCUUUCUGCAACCCUUAGAGCCUGAAAGAUCAAUCCUACCUUUAUCAAUCCAUAAAAUGCUGAUCCAUUUCUCUUUAGACCAAUCAGUGUGUUCUUGUAACAAAAUGACCUUGUUAGGGGUUCUUGCUGAUAGCAUAGCUACAUAUAGGCAGCAUCUUCUGCUUUUGGUUUCCAUUUGAAAGCACUUAAGAUCAUUUUAGCUGAGUAGUCAAAUCAUUUCUGCCCUUCUUUAUUUAUUUUCCCCUCUCCAGUCACCUUUUUAACCAAAGUAUGCUGUUCUUCUGAACAAUGUCCAGACUGAGCCAUUUUGUUCAGAUGUUCAGAGAAGAAUAAAACAGCUUGUUCAACAUUUGUUGCCUUCGUCCUUAAGUAAAGCCCACCUGUUUGUCCACACAAUGAACAUGGCACUUUCACUCAAUGAUUCAGUUACAUAAAAUCAGCAGCUUGUAUGUCAAGACUGUUGGGUCUGUUGGUUUUCUAUGACUCUACCAUACUAGUAAAUUAUUUGUCAUGUAGACACAUAAUUUCUACCAAAAAUAGUGAUGUUGGACAGCUAUUUUUAUUAACAGAACUAUAUGUCUAUUAGGGGUGUAACAGUACACAAGCAUCACAGUCCGGUACGUUUUUGGUUUGCUUCAAUCAAGAGAAACAAAUAAAAAGUGGACACUACAGGAGGACUAGAAAUAGG